UCAUCCCAAUUUAAUUCCUCUAUUAUUGAAAAUGAUACGACCUUCGAUCGAAUCGAACGCUUACCAGAUGAAAUCAAACCUUUACAUUAUGAAAUCGAUUUACAGCCUAAUUAUCAACAAUUAUAUAUUAUUGGCAGAAGUAAAAUUGAAAUUCUCUGUUUGAAUAGGACCGAUAGAAUUGUUUUGCAUAAAAAAGAUAUUGAUAUCCAACGGAUGGCUGUUUAUGGCAAUGGACUGAAAUACCAUAUCCUUAACGUUCAGCAAGAUUUAAAAAAUGAAUUGUUUCAUAUACAACUCGAUCAUCAUUUAAUCGGCGGCCAUCAUUAUCAGUUACAUCUAUGGUUUAAGAGUCAAAUUGUAGUUAAUAGACGUUAUGGCUUCUACCGCAGCUAUUACCAAAAUCGAUCCAAACAAACCAGAUAUUUAUAUGUAACUCAGCUCUCUCCUACCGACGCAAGAAUGGUUUUUCCCUGCUUUGAUGAACCAUCAAUGAAAUCUACUUUUAAACUUUCAAUUACAUGCCUGCCUGGCUAUUCAGCGUUAUCCAAUAUGCCAGUUCAAUCAUAUUCUAUAUUACCCAAUGGCCAUACCUUAGUUUCUUUUGCUACCACUGUCAAAAUGAGUACUUACUUAGUCGGUUUUGUAGUCUCAGAUUUUGAAAAUUUAGCUCGAUAUUCCUCCAAUGUUGCACUGAUUGAUUAUUACUUCCAGGUUCGAACGUGGACUAGCAAAGAAAAUAUUAAACAAACACAAGAUGCUCUAAAAUUAGCCACUGCUUACAUCUCAUUAUUUAGUAAUUUGUUUAAUAUUACUUUCCCUCUACCUAAAUUAGAUUUAGUAGCCAUACCCGAUUUUGCUGUUGCUGGUAUGGAAAAUUGGGGACUAAUCACCAUAAUGCAAGAUAAAUUACUAUGUGAUAUGCAGUAUUGCUCGAUGAGAAAUUACGCCUCCACGGCUUCCGUUCUUGCUCAUGAGAUUGCCCAUCAGUGGUUUGGGAAUUUGGUCACAAUGAAAUGGUGGAAUGAUCUAUGGCUAAAGGAAGGUUUUGCUACCUUUGCUAGUCAGUUAGGCUGUAAAUUUAUGAAUCGAGAUCUUAAUCUUUGUCGAUUUAUUGUCAGCGCUGCUCAUGAAAAUGCAAUGCAAUUUGACAGCUCAAUAUAUUCCCAUCCAAUACAUCAACCUAUCGAGAGUCAGAUCAACAUAAAAUCGCAAUUUGAUUCUAUUUCAUAUCGUAAGGCAGCUUCUUUAAUCCGUAUGCUGUAUCAUUACAUUGGUCCAUCAUCAUUUGUUCAGGGUGUUCAAAAGUUUUUACGUAAAUAUGAAUAUGGAAAUGCUAAUAACCAUGAUUUAUGGCGGAGUUUUACCGAGGUAAAUGAUCUAAUAAAUGUAGGAGAAGUUAUGGAUACAUGGAUAUACCAAAAGAAUUAUCCACUUUUAACAAUGAAAAUUAAAAGCAAUAUGGUAAACAUAAGUCAAUCGCCAUUUAUG